GGCCUCCGGAGCGGAAGCGGGACGCUGUUGAGGCGGCGGCGUCUUGCUUGAGGGCUUCUCAGCGGCUUCUGAAGGUGCUUCCUCGAUCGAGUGCGUCGACGACCGCGCCUGCCGAGCCUUACCAGCGCCAGGAAAGAGCAUGGAGUGGAUGCCUGACACCCAGGGUACCUGAGGAAGGGUUGAAGAGAGCCCGAAUCCCACUGCCGAGAUGAAUGUCUGUAGCGAGUGGGGUCUGGCCAGCCCCCCAAGGCCGGCGUGCCCCGUCCGCCAGCCGGCCCGCUGCGCGCCUGCCUGAACUGGGAGGCCGUGUCCUGCGCAGAGCUGCAGAGCUGCCCUGGGUGCCGUGCUGUUUGAGACCAGUUCCCCUGAAUGCAAAAGAAGGGGCUCCCGCUGUGGGGCACCGCUGCUUGGCUGCUCUCUGCUGACUUGAAGAUACUGGAAGUCUCUUUGGCUUCAACUUCUGUGCUAGCCAGAGGAUGAGUAGCCAACAGGCGUGACAGGCUGGAGCGUUUGGCUUCCCUGCAAGUCCUGGUGCAGAGCCCUUCCUUGUCUGUAGGUUGGAACCAAAGAGCAUAAUGAGUACGAGAAAGCGUCGCGGGGGGACAGUGAGUUCUAGACAAGCCCAGAAGCGAGCUCGAGAAGCGGCCUCCGCCCCGGAGAUGGCUUCGGAGGCGGACCCCAUAGAGCUUGUGGAAAGCGCUGGAGAUGAGAUAGUGGACCUCACCUGUGAGUCGUUAGAGCCCGUGGUGGUUGACCUGACGCACAACGACUCCGUCGUGAUUGUUGAAGAAAGGAGGCGGCCAAGGAGGACCGCGAGGAGGCUGCGCCAGGACCAAGCUGACAGCUGCGUGGUGAGCAGCGAUGAGGAGGAGCUGUCCAGGGACAGGGACGUGUACGUGACCACCCACACUCCUAGAAACGCCAGGGAAGAGGCAGCUACAGGACCCAGGCCGUCUGGUACUGUCAGUUGUCCAAUCUGCAUGGACGGGUACUCAGAGAUUGUGCAGAAUGGACGUCUCAUUGUUUCUACAGAAUGUGGCCACGUCUUCUGUAGCCAGUGCCUCCGCGAUUCCCUUAAGAAUGCUAACACUUGUCCAACUUGCAGGAAAAAGAUCAACCACAAAAGAUACCACCCCAUUUAUAUAUGAAGUGUUGGGAGCCGCUCAAGAGAGAUGGAUGGACAGACAGAGCCUGGCUGGUUUUUCCAUGCGGCCUCACGUGGGUUAUCUGCCUCCAGUUUCUUGAGCUCAAAAAGACUGUUUGAACAUCAGCAUCUGAUAUGUAAACUGCUCUUUUGUUUCCAGCCCCUCUUAGAUCCUUUUGUUACCUCUAGUUUGAUGCUGUGGAGCUGGAGCCUGGGCCCUCCCAGGCCAGGUCUCCAACUGCUCCUCUGGGUAGUCUGGUUCCAGGGUAGGAGAGAGGGAGUUAGGCACGUUGGAAUUGAGAAUCGUGGUUCCAGCCUCUUUCCAGAACCUGCACGUUUGCCAAGAAGUUUUCCCCAUUUGUGAAGUUUGCCCCAGCUUCCUCCUGGCAGUACCGUUGAGGAGCCAGCCCUAGCUGGAGAGCAAGCAGGUCCACCCAGCUCUCCCAGGCGUGCCCCCUCAUCUGAGGCGUCUGCCCACCGCGGUGACCAAGCCAGACAAAGUCCCUCCGGCCUGAGGAUCCCAGGUGCACGCACAGCGCCGGGAAGACCAACCACUGGACUUCUCUUCCCGUGAGAGUCAGGUCACCCGUGACUCCACCUGCAUUGAUGUCAGGGAUCCCUGCAGAUCACAAGGACUCUGCAGGGCAAUUCCCAGUUUCUUAAGAACGAAAUGUGCAAUAAAGCCCGUUCUUCACCUGCCUUUCAGCAGCCCAGGAGAUGUAGCACUCCUAGUGUCCCUCAGAGGCCUCAUGGCCUACGGAGCAGUGCCUGUCUCACCCCGUCCUGUUGUCCACCUGCUCUCAGGAACUUUACCCGUGCCUGAGUCCUUCACCUGGCCCAGGCCACGCGAGGUCAGUGGGGCAGGCAUGUGGUUGGGUGUCCUCUCUCUUUUCUGAUAAAAAUCCACCCUGUGUUUACCACACGCCCCCUGGUCCUCAGUUCCCACUGCCUGACGUCUACUCAAGCAGACCCUGGGCGGUGAUGGCGGUAAUUGUGGCCUUAUUAGCCGCCGAUGUCCAAGCUGUUGCCCAAGUCAUGGCCGCCCUGCGUUUCGAAGAGCUUGGGUACCACCUCCACCAAUUGACAUUCAUUUCAGAAGCUGCUCUUCUGGCCCUUAGGCCGUGAUCCUUUGGGCUUUGAUCACUCUGUAGGGUUUGGUUGGCAAAGUACGGCGGCCUCUUCUCCCUAGGGGCCCGGGCAACAGCCUCUACUCAACUCCACAGGCGUGAGAGCCUCGGGUCCUCAAGGAGGCAGCAGGGUGGCCCAGGCCGCCCCUCGCAGUACAGGGCUUGGGGGUGGCUGGCUGGGGAGAGGCCUUGCAGUGCCCGCUGCCUCCCCCUCUGCACCCGUCCUUCCUCAGAGGGCUUCAGAGCAAACCAGCAGCCUUUUCAUGUGAAACAUCUUCGAGGUGGGAGAGGGGCCUCCUCUGGCUUUGCUAGCAAUAACUGACCUUCAGUGUAUCCUUCUGGAGGAGCAGAGACUCAGCACAGAAUUCACUUUAAAGGGGGCUGAAGGAGUGUCCCUCCUCUGUGUGAAAAGGAAACUGUUUCACUCUUUACUCUGACUUUUUAAGCUGGCUCAGUGCCAGUUCGCUUGGUGAAAGUAGUAGUUUCUACUUGGCGUCGGGGCGGGCGGGGCACUGGUUCUCAGCAGAGUGGUGUGUGGCGUGUCCGCCCGUUGUCGGGCGCCGUUGCCGGUAGUUCCUUCUGGGCUCUGUGGGAUGCUCUGUGUCACGUUCUGACAACACCCAGACUUCAGGAGCCAAGACAGCCACACAGCCGAAAUCUCUUGCAGUUUAUGCUUAAGGACAAAUGGUUGAUCAUAAAAGUUGUAUUCCUUCGUACUAAAUUAAAUUGGGAAAAAAUGUUUAGUUUCUACUACUCAGACAUUGCAAAAUAGGAAGAUUGACAUGAAAAAUCCCUUUCCCUUUCUCCGUGUACAUAGUUUAAAUCUUUCUUUGUUACAUUUAAACUAUAUCCAUGUAUAUCAGUCUGUUUUGGACUCCUGCUAGUGUUACAUGUGGAAAUAAAACCAUUAAUUUGAACUAGG